AUUUAUAUAUAUAAUGUUGAUACUGCGGAAGGCGCGGGUCUUAACCUAGUAAUAUAUAGAAGUGGAAAAUGAUUAUUUGCAAAAAUGUCAUCGUUAAUGCAACGACCGUUGCUCCUAAAAAUUAGAUACCAACCAUGUGUUGUGUGCAACUAAUGAUUAGAAAUGUAAACUCUUUUAUCAAACACAAAUAAUUUCACAACCUCUUAUCAUAUAGACAGCACAUGUACUUAAUUGUACCCGUAGACUCCAAUAACGAACCAUUCAUGCACUAUAUAUAUAUACCCAUGCAUCAAACCCCAUAUCAAAACACAAACUCAAACUCACACAACUAAAAAUGACGAAAACAAAUAUUACAUUAGCACUUCUCUUCACCCUCCUCACCUUCAUCGAUGUCUCAACCAGCUCCUCCGUUGUAUUCAACGUCGUUAGCUUCGGGGCCAAACCUGACGGAGUCACAGAUUCGACGGCAGCAUUCCUCAAUGCAUGGCAAGCGGCUUGUGUCUCGGCAUAUUCAGCCACUGUGAUGGUUCCGACUGGUACGUUUCUAGUGAAGGGGAUAACGUUUACAGGGCCAUGCAAGAGCAAGCUCAAGUUUCAAGUAGCCGGAACCGUCGUUGCUCCAGCAGAUUACUGGGCAUUUGGAAACUCUGGCUACUGGAUUCUCUUCAACAGGGUUAGCAAAAUGUCACUUGUCGGUGGGACUUUCGACGCUCGGGCUAGUGGGUUCUGGGCUUGCCGGAAAUCUGGUCAGAAUUGUCCUCCCGGUGUUAGGUCCAUAACGUUCAACGGCGCAAAAGACGUGGUCAUAAGUGGAGUGAAAUCGAUGAACAGUCAGAUGUCCCAUAUGACCCUCAAAGGUUGCACCAAUGUGGCUGUCCGUAACAUCAAGCUAGUGGCUCCCGGAAACAGCCCAAACACCGAUGGUUUUGGCGUUCAAUCCUCCACAGGAAUCACACUCACUGGAAGCACAAUUCAGACCGGAGACGAUUGUGUUUCUAUCGGCCCUGGCUCCCGCAACUUCCUUAUCUCCAAACUUAACUGUGGCCCAGGUCAUGGGGUUAGCAUUGGGAGCUUGGCAAAGACAUUGAACGAAGAUGGAGUAGAGAACGUGACAGUAUCGAAUUCCGUAUUCACCGGGACAACAAACGGCGUAAGGAUAAAGUCGUGGGCGAGGGCGAGUACUGGAUUCGUUAAUAAAGUCUUCUUCCAAAACCUAAUCAUGAAGAACGUCCAAAACCCUAUCAUAAUCGACCAAAACUAUUGUCCUACCCACCAAGGUUGCCCUACCGAGCAUUCGGGGGUAAAGAUUAGCCAAGUGACGUAUAGGAACAUACAAGGAACGUCCGCGACACAGCAAGCGAUGAAUCUGGCAUGUAGCAAGACCAAUCCAUGCACUGGAAUCACAUUACAAGACAUUAAGCUUACUUACAACAAAGGAACUCCUGCUACUUCCUACUGUUUCAAUGCUGUUGGGACUAGUCUCGGUGUUAUUCAGCCUACGAGUUGUCUCAACCGAUAACAUCAAAAACUCUUGUUGUACAUUCAUUUGUUUGUAAGGUGAAAUGGUAAAACGUUAUUAGGAGAUUGAGUUUUUUCAUCUUUUAAUCGUUGUUACCUGGUGAAUAUAAUUUUCUUUUUUUUUGUGCAACCUGGUGAAUAUAAUAAAGAUUAACAAAACGAUGAUCCAAAUAGUUUUGUCCCCAAUGGCUUUGGAUAUUAACCGGCUGAGGCUACCCAAAUUGCUAGUUUUAUUUCAAUAAAUAAAAUAUUUUAUUUCAUAUUACUACAAAGUGAAAGACUUUGACCAGUCAUGGGGAAAGUGGAUGCUACAAUUCCCGACUACUCUGUUGCUUUUGUGGAAAGCAUCAUCGUUGCUCCUCUACAGCCUCCAACGUCUUUGGAAACCCUAGACCGGAGCGAUCCAAAUGCUCUUCCAAUCACGUCUUCUACUGAAGAGACUUCAGAUCUUGCCGAGAAGACUGUGAUUCAUGCGGCUGAAGGGGAUGAGAGGAACGAGCCACAAGAUGUUCCUUCAAAUGUUGAUCUUCCUCAGAGAUCAAAGGCCGAGAUCAUGUCACUUAAGAGCCGCCCUCAAAAAGGACAAAGAGACCUCUGGAGACAUCUACUACUUCCGUCUUCCUACCAUUUCCUCCUUGCCGGCUGCUUCAGCUCUGCCUGCCGUUUUGCAUGUGACAACAGCUGUACUUUCUACUCUUCCGGCUGCUCCCCCCAGCACCAUGGAAUUCUCAUAUUCUAAGAUCACCUCGUUUGUGAACAACAUAGAUACAUGCGUGGAUUUGUACCGUCAGAUAAAUUCGGGGGUUAAGAAUCUUCCUGCCUUAAAGGAUUUGGCGAAUCCUGAAGCGUACAAGGAUGUCUCUUGCACUUGAAUCGCUAUUAUUAACGUUCUUGGACUAUCCUUUUUCAAGAUGACUAUGACGUAUUAUAAUCAUUUAAUCAUCGUUUUUCAGUAUGCAG